AUGGCAACGACUAGUGCAACAGCGCCAAUGAUGAGCGGAAUAGGAGGACCGCCGCAGGGUGCAAACGGAACCGUGGGUGCGGGUGAUGCGCCGGGAAAAACAGGCGAUAUGGGGCGGGUACCAGAGCUGCUUGCAGUUACAUCGAUAUUGACGGUUUCUAUGAUAAUCGUCGUUGUGCUGCGAAUAUAUUUGAAGCUGCAAACAGGAAUAAAAUCAGUGCGGUUGGUGGAUUGGAUGCACGUACUUGCUGCUUUAUUCUCAGUUGCGGUAUCAGUUGCUGUAGCCAUCUCUGUUCGAUUCGGCGCAGGCAGACACAGAUUUGAGAUAACAGGAGAUGACACCACUCAAGGGCUCAAAUAUUACUGGAUUUCCAAACUUCUUUACAUCGCCGCUACCUAUGCCGUCAAGAUGGCUGUCUUUACCACCCUCCUCAUUGUCGCUAGUUCCCCGCCCCAACAAGCGCGGAAAUUCCUCAAAACCAUGUUGUACUUUGCUAUGGUUUUCAUGACUGCAUACUCGGUAGUUUUCUGGGUUGCCGCAGUGAUAGAGUGUCGACCUGCUAGGUAUAUAUUUGACAAGUCUGGUACGGGACAGUGCAUUCCCGGGAAUUUGGUAAAGCAAUUCGCAAAUGUGCAUGCUUCGAUGAAUACGGCGAUGGAUCUGUUUUUCGUAUUAUUACCUGUGUUUAUGGUAAUAUACGGUGUCCGACGGUCAACAAGGGAGAAAAUUGCCAUCGCUGGAGUAUUUCUACUCGCUUUCUUCUCAGUAGCCGCUGCUACUAUUCACACACUCUACGAAUUCGGAUACCACGAGACCAAUGAAGUCCUCUACGACUCCUCCAACUUAUUGAUUUGGGAAAUGUUAGAGAUUAACGUUGGUCUUAUUGCAAUCAAUCUCCCAUCCCUCUCCCCAUUUUUCAAAGCCUGGCUACAGCCUCUUCGCUCGCCCAACCGCAGUUCAACUUCAGCAUCGGCAAACCAGAACCCACCAACGCCAACACCAUCAGCCCUCCUUUCAAUGUCCCACGCAAAUCGCUCCGACAUCAACCGCUCGGAAAGCCAGCGCCAGAUCAUGGACGAGCAUAACCGGGAUGUUGAAAAUAACCCGUAUCAGAGACCAACAGCGCCAUUCGUGUUCGCGUCGAGCUCGUCGGCAAGAUACUCGUCAGACUCGAAAACGAACCUCAGUGAGAUUAUGGUCCAGAUGGACUUUCCACUAGAGGAGCAUCCGGCCUUUAAGGAAAGAGAGAAACCGGUGUUACGCCCGCCACCGCAGAGCGCGCAGCAGCCAGUAUCGGGAGGGCAUAGAAGGAUGCCGACUCCUAUGUUUAAUUAG